UUAAGUAGUGACAUAAUGACACUGAACCAAUGUGGUGAGAGAAUAUCAUGAUUGAGCUCUCUGGAUGAUGAAUGCUCGGGUUUGUCUGCAGUUGUAGUUUAUGCUGUAAAUCGGGCACACAAAGGAAUUACGCACUGCUAGCUUUUUAAUUUCAUCUUUCUAUUUUGGAGCCAGGCCAUUAUAAUACUCCCAUUUGUGCAGCCAAACCCUGGGAAGUUGUUUGGAUACACACACACACACACACACACACACACACUAAUCAGGAAGCACCCGCGAAGAGGACGGAGCCAACCAACUCUGGUCAACAACAUUAAUGAGACAUUCCUCAUUUUGCGUUAUUUAACAGUCGUGAGCGGCGGUGGACGGGUUGGACACCUUCUUCGGAGCUUGAGGUCAGCGUGAGCGGUGUGCGGCACAACAGAUGCCGCGCCGAGAAAUAAGCCUUUAAUACCCCUAGGACUCGGGAAAGGGUAACAACACUCAACUCACUAUACAGACUUAAGUGAGACCCCUCACGCAACACAUCCGUGUCUCCGGCGGUGUCCUGCGCGUCGCGGUUGCUUGGGAGAUAGCCCACCUUUACGCACGAAACCGCGCGUUAAGGAGCGGCGUUUUUGUAAGAUUUUAACAGCAUCCUCGGAUACGUCCACCUGUGUUAGAGGUAAACCCAGUCUCAUGGCAUACGUGUCCGUGUCCCAUAUACUGGAGCCAGGUGAACGAUAAUUUAAACAGGUCGUUGCAACCGUGGAAUAACACCAGUGAACUGCUUUUAUCACCAUGCCGCCCAAGAAAAAGGGCGAGCGUCAGGAUUCAGAUGUCGUUGAGGAAAGAAACGCCCAGGUGCAGUUGGAGAAGGCCAAGUACAAGCCUGUGGCUUUCGCCGUACGUUGCAACUUCUCUUACACUCCAGCAGACGACGACAACGUCCCUGUACCGGGCCAGGCUAUCACCUUUGAGGCCAGAGACUUCCUACACGUCAAAGAGAAGUUUAACAAUGACUGGUGGAUUGGACGGCCGGUGAAAGAGGAUGGUGUGGUGGGCUUCAUCCCUAGUCCAGUCAAUCUGGAAACCAUUCUCAUCAGAAGAGAAGUCCAGGCGAGGAAAGCUGCCAAGGCCUUAGCUAACAAAGCAGCAGCUCAAGCAGCUCAAGAUAUGAACUCCAAGAAAUACACUCCUCCAUCACAAGCCAAUCAGCAAGUGAAAAAGAAACCGGGGGAGCAGGUGGCUAUGUAUGAUGUAGUGCCUACAAUGCGUCCUGUGGUUCUAAUGGGGCCAUCACUGAAGGGCUUAGAGGUUACAGAUAUGAUGCAAAAAGCACUAUUUGACUUUUUAAAACAUCGAUUUGAAGGCAGAAUUACUAUCACUCGAGUCACAGCGGACAUCUCUCUGGCGAAACGGUCCAUCCUCAACAACCCUGGCAAAAAGGCCUUAAUUGACCGGUCCAACACCCGCUCUAAUUUAGCCCAGAUCCAGGGGGAGGUGGAGCGAAUCUUUGAGCUCGCCCGAAGCCUGCAGCUGGUAGUUCUAGAUGCAGACACAGUCAACCACCCUAUGCAGGUGUCUAAGACUUCCUUGGCCCCAAUCCUGGUCUAUGUCAAGAUCUCCUCACCAAAGGUGUUGACCAGACUGAUCAAGACAAGAGGGAAGUCCCAGACCAAACAUCUCAAUGUUCAGCUGGUGGCAGCAGACAAGCUUGCCCAGUGUCCACCGGAAAUGUUUGAUGUCAUCCUAGAUGAAAACCAGCUAACAGACGCCUGUGAGCACAUCGCUGAUUACCUAGAGUCCUACUGGAGAGCCACUCAUCCACCAGAAAUGGAGCCCACCAAUGCACUAGUGGCCCAUCUGGCCGGGAACACACUGCCCACCAAUCCUUCAGGAAUAACGGAGGAGCAGAAGAACAAAAAGUCAGCAGCCCCCAAGAGGAAGGGUUCCCGUGAGAACCACCUAGACCAGGACCCCCCUUCAGCCCAGGCUCAGGAGCAGAGGCCUGAGGAGGGCCAAAGAGAGGAAGAAGAGCGGCUCCUGAGGACUGAACCAAAGAGACCCCAGCACACCCACCACCAUCACCAUCACCACCACCACCGCCGGAUGGAGCACCACAGUCACACCCAGCACAGCCAAACGUCCGGUGGCGGUGAAGUGCAGUCAAGCAGGGAUUACAGCCAGAGGCUCCCCCGCAGGCACCUGCCCGAGGAGAGGGAGGAGGAGGUGGAAGAUGUGGCGGAGGAUGAUGAGGAGGAGGUUCGCUUUAACCACCGGGGCCAUAACCACCACCAUCAUAACAGCAACCACCACCAUCACCACCACCACCAUCAGCAUCACCGUGGGAACAGCCAGCCACACGUUGAAGAAGACUACGAGCAGGAGCACAACGAACGCAACCGGCAGCACAGGCAUCACCAGCAUAUUCCAUCACGGACACACCACGUGGAUCACUAUCCCGUACACAACCAUCACAACUACCACCACCACGGCAGAGACAGAGACAGAGACAGAGAUAGAGAUAGAGAUAGAGACAGAGACAGAGACAGAGAAAGACACAAGGACAGAGAAAGAGAUAGAGAUAGGGAUCGAGGUAGAGAUAGAGACAGAGAUACAAGACAAUGGCACAGAGAUUCUUAUAUACACUCAUGACUGUUGUUUCUACUGUGGAUUGGUGCAUGGUUUUAUGCUGCUCAAGUUAUAAUGCACUAAUGGACAGGGCUGAGUGUGUCAUCUUUGUAGAAAAUAUUUCCCCUUAUACUGUUUGCCAUUUUUACCCUCUGCCACAGGCACACACUUUGUCCUUCUUUCUUAUUCUUCACUAAAAGGAAUCUUAGCACUUGUAGGAUACAUUUUAGUCUGAAUUAUUUUCAUCUAAUUCACGUGGCUGUGGUUGUAUUUUUGCACAAACAGUGUUCCAGAUUAAACUGUAUCAGUUCGCUUAUGCAAUAUUCUGUUCUUAAAUAGGGCUGCAUUGAUCAAUUAUUUUUAUUUUCAAUUAAUCUGUCAGUUGUUUUCUUGAUUAAUUUUUUGUCAAUAGAAUGUUAGAAAAUAGUGAAAAAUUACAAUAUCUCACAGCCUGUUUUGGCCAAAGUCCAAAGCACAGAGAUAUUCAGUUUACUAUCAUAUGUGAUAAAGGAAAACAGUAUAUCUGCACAUUGGAGAAGCUAGAACCAGCAAAUGUCAUGAAAAUACAAGGUGAGAAGAGACAUCAUUGCAAUAAUUUCAUUUGAUCUAUUAUUUUAAAUUGCAAGUUUGUUUUCAUGUUAUCUCAUUAUAAAAACAUAGUUUUGGUGUGAUAACAGGAUAAUUAUUAUGAGAAAAACAAAAUAAUUGUGUAUCUUUGGGUUUUGGACAGUCUGUUGCACAAAACAAGCAAUCUGAAGACGCCACCUUAGCUUUUGAGACAUUAUGAUGUGUAUUUUUUCAGUAUUACUGACAUUUUAUAUACUAAAUGAUUAAUUAAUCAAGAAAGGCAGAUUAAAUAAUCAUUAGUUGUAGCCCAAAACAGUUUAGCAAAUAAUUAACUCAAAAUCCUGAGAUAACAGGAUAAAGUCAAAUCAUUGAAUCAACAUCUGUUCUUAUGAUUUCAGUCUCUAUGAAGUUACACAAGGGAUGUUUUGUCAAAUCAAAUGGUCGAAAAACGGUUGGGGGUUUCAACUGACGUGUGUUUCAGUCUCACAUCUUAAUCUGCCCCAUGUAUUUAAAAUCAGUUGCACAUCUUCAGAAGCCAACGGUUUAUUUUAAACAUUGGUACUGAAAGUUGAACUAUUUUUCUACAUGAUUUUAAAGGGAAGUCAUACUUUGUUUCCUACUUUUUAAAAUGGUGUUCAAGCAUAUCUAUUGACUUGCAUUUGCUCUGUCUGGAAGCAUGAAUAAUCUUUUGGUGACACUGACAUGUGCUAUAUGCUGGAUACUCUAUGCAUCUUCUUGUGAUAAAAUAUAUUGCUUGAAUACAAUCUCUAUGCAUUUGUACAUACUUCAUUAUUGCCUUGUUAGGUAAAUGUAAGGAGAACCAGAGAGCCUGUUGCACUGUCUGGUAGAACUUGACCUACUGUGUAUGAUUGCUUUGAGUCGACGAGUUCCUUUCAGUAUUUUUUGUUUUGGUUAUUUUUGUUUUGUACAGCAUUCAGAAGUUAAUUUUGACAAAUAUGCAUUCUGUUGUUGAAAAUCAUUAAAAUGUAAAACAAAAAAUGUUUUAAGUGACAUUUUGCCUCACUUAUUGCUACACAGACCUCUGGUGUUGUCCUUGGCAUGUCCUUUCAGAAUGAAAUUGUAAUACAGGUAUGUAGUGAUG